CGGAAGUGAGUGUGCAUGUUGCAGUGAGUACUUCCGGUGGCGGUGGUUGUCGCACGGUUGUCUCUUGCUGUGUCGGUUUAUCUCGGGAUCCAAACAUGAGGGAUGUGACCGCCUACCUACAGCUUCAGCAGAGCCAGAGCGCAGCCCCAGAGACCGCAGCAGUAUGGCACCAGCUGGAGGAGCUCUACAACAAGAAGUUGUGGCAUCAGCUGACCCUGCAGCUUCUGGAUUUUGUACAGGACCCAGAAUGUGCAAAAGGAAAUGGACUUAUUAAGUUCUAUGAGAACUUUAUCAGUGACUUUGAGCACAGAAUUAACCCCUUGUCCUUGGUGGAAAUAAUCCUCCACGUGGUGAGACAGAUGACAGAUCCCACAGUAGCACUCAGCUUUCUUGAAAAGACCCGAGAGAAGGUAAAGAGCAGUGAUGAAGCUGUUAUACUGUGCAGGACAGCUAUUGGAGCCCUAAAGCUGAACAUUGGGGACUUACAGGCUACAAAGGAAACUAUCGAGGCAGUGGAUGAGAUGCUUGGAGCACUUCCUGGUGUAAGCUCUGUUCACAGCCGUUUCUAUGACUUAUCUAGCAAAUAUUAUCAGACCAUUGGUAACCAUGCCUCAUACUACAAAGAUGCACUGCGCUUCCUUGGCUGCACAGACCACGAUACCUUACCAGUGUCUGAACAGCAGGACAGGGCCUUUACUCUGGGACUUGCUGGUCUUCUGGGAGACGGUGUCUAUAACUUUGGAGAGCUGUUAAUGCAUCCAGUGCUGGAAUCCUUGCGUAAUUCUGAGCGACAGUGGCUGAUAGACACACUUUAUGCCUUCAACAGUGGCAACGUGGAGACCUUUAGAGCUUUAAAAACUGCCUGGGGACAACAGCCUGACCUGGCUGCUAAUGAAGGCCUAUUGCUGAAGAAGAUCCAGCUGCUUUGUCUAAUGGAGAUGACAUUCACACGCCCAGCUAACCAUCGCCAGCUCACCUUUGAUGAGAUAGCGAAGAGUGCACAGGUCAAUGUUAAUGAUGUGGAGCUCCUUGUUAUGAAAGCCCUGUCAGUAGGGCUUCUCCGUGGCAGUAUUGAUGAAGUAGAUAAGAGAGUGCACAUCACAUGGGUCCAGCCACGAGUUCUAGAUCUUCAGCAGAUAAAGGGAAUGAAAGACCGUCUAGAGUUCUGGUGCACAGAUGUGAAGAGCAUGGAGAUGCUGGUUGAACACCAAGCUCAUGACAUCUUAACGUAGACAUUUCUUCAUAUUGUUGCAGCACAGAGAGCACCAAUCCCCUACUCCGUUAAAAGGACUUACCACAGUCUUCAGCACGGUGCAAGGGUUUAACAAGGACUUGUUUGAGAAUGAACCGGUUCCAUUUUUCUAGUUUGAAGACAUCUUAUCUGGCUUUAUCAGUAAAGCUGUGCCCCUGUUAUGGUAUAUGGUUUAUCUGCACUGAAAUGGCAACUAGAGAAUAAAUCAGUUUCUUACCUAUGAA